UGGCAGCGAUCCGAGUCAUAGCGUUGUGGAAGGUUACGUGUCGUGUUGUUUAUUUCCUACGCAUGCCAGUGAAUGAGUGACCCUCCUGAUCACUGUUGCUCACAUUGUGUGCUUCAAGAGUUCAAGGAGCCAGACUGAAAACAGGCAGCAUAUGGUUUAAAAGAGGUGCUGAAGGUGAUGCGCACCAUAGAUGACCGCAUCGUCCAUGCCCUGAACACCACCGUGCCCACAGUCUCCUUCUCAGGCAAAGUGGAUGCCACACAAACAUGCAAACAGCUCUAUGAAUCUAUGAUGGAGGCCCAUCUGAGCAGAGACAAAGCUAUCAAGUCCUGUAUAGCCGAAACAUCUGAGGCUGUGGGACGUCUGCGUGAAGAAAGAGCAAAAGACAGCGAAAACCUUGCACUCGUCAAACAGCUCAGAAAGGAGCAGACCAAACUAAAGCUCAUGCAAUCAGAGCUUAAUGUUGAGGAAGUUGUCAAUGACAGAAGUCUGAAGAUUUUCAGUGAAAGGUGCAGAAUCCACUACAUACCUCCGAAGGUGAAGUGAAGCUCCGUCUGAUGAGAGGUGCUGCUUCACUUGAGGCUCGAAUCCAGACUGGAGCUGAAACUAUGAGAGGACCUGAGUCCUGACUGCAGGCCGUUCACCAUCCAGACCACUGUGACCUCUUCUCCAACACACUUAUAUUCCAUUGUGAUUAUUGUAUUGCAUUGCCACAGCUGUAAAGCAGUCCUCCGUGUGCUUCUUUAAUGAGAAACAUUGUACAGAGUUUUUUAAAAAGACAAUGAGAUGUUUUCAAGUGA